AUGCCCCAGAUAAUCCAGAACGACAAGACCACAAGACAGUCGUCCGCGGGCAAAGGUUUCUUCAGACGCAACCGGGACGCCAAAUCCGAUAGUCGACACGAAGGAGGCGGCAGUCUCGAUUCCUCCCACACGAACGGCUCCUGGGGCUCGCGUCAUUCGAAGAGAGAGUCGGUGGCUUCCAACGAUGGCCAGGAUGCUGAUAAUCUAGGUCUGGCCAUGACCGCUGGUGUCAUCACCUCCAUCCCGUAUUCUGCCACCACGGCAGGCGGACAAGCACCGGUGACGGUGGAUUACCUCCCUCGAGACGACCAAGUACCGACCCGGAAAGAGCCUCAACCGUAUCAACUUGCGAGGGGUUCUGAUUUUCAUCAAUACCCUGCCAUCAAUGGAAUAUCGAACGGAUCAUCGCACCCAGGCGGGCCUCGUCCGCCUCCGCAGCCGUCAAGUGCAACCGGGAUCACAAUGGCAUCCAGUCAAGCUGGGGAUCGAGGCACAAAAUAUCAACAAUGGGGUCGACCUGGGAGCAGCAAUGGUCCACAACAUGGCACCUACGACUCGGUAUCGACGAGCGAUUCAUAUUCGGGAUCGGGACACAGGAGGUCUUUUGACGGUGCCAGCAUAAAGUCGAGUGCUUCCACAGCCACAAGAGGUUCUAGUCUAUUUUCCUCGGACAAUUCGUCGCGAACGGCAAUGCCUUCUCGGCAAGAUUCUGACUCGUCUGUCACUGUACUUUCUCCCACCCAUUCCAGACUUUCGAAGAUUAGCUCGCAUUCGGGUUGGCCUACUCAGCAAGCCUCCCCCUUCAGUUCGACCACUUCCUUUACGCCAGCUGGGUUUUACCUACCGAAACCCCAAAGUGAUGCAGAAAUCGAAAAAUUGUUUCUGCAGUUGAUGCACAAACGGGGUUGGCAAAACCUGCCCGAGCAAGCCAGGCGGCAAAUGAUGGCAUAUGCGCCCGCAAAGAAAUGGACUCUUGUGCAUCAAGACAAGUUGACGGAGUGGCAAGGGGAGCAGAAGAGGAGGCAACAAGCAAGGCAGACAGGAGCUAUCGAUGGGCCAGUAUCUAAAGACGUCGAGGGCACUCCCGAGUGGUAUGUGAAAAGGAUUUUGGAUAACAGCAUCACGUCCAAACAGCUGCAAAGUCUGAGCGUCAGUCUACGGACGCAACCUAUCAGUUGGGUCAAGGCGUUUAUUGAAGCACAGGGUCAAAUCGCCCUUACCAGUGUCCUGAUGAAGAUCAACCGACGUACAGCCAGUGGCCCGACGCCCGUCAGCUCUGUCGCUUCAGCCGACAAGGACUUGGACCGGGAGUAUGACAUUGUCAAAUGUCUAAAGGCGUUGAUGAACAACAAAUACGGCGCUGAUGACGCUUUGAAGCAUGAGCAGAUCCCUGUUGCUCUCGCGACGUGUCUCAUUUCUCCUCGGUUGACGACGAGGAAGCUGGUCAGCGAAGUCUUGACCUUCCUUUGCCAUUGGGAUCAAGGCCAAGGCCAUCUCAAAGUCCUACAAGCCAUGGACUUUGUCAAGAAUCAGAUGAGUGAGAACGGUCGGUUUGACGCCUGGAUGCGCAUUGUGGAAGUUACCAUUGAUGGCCGAGGGAAAAUGGGCAGCCUUGUAGGUGCCAGUGAAGAGGUCCGGAGUGGUGGCAUCGGUAUGGAAAAUCUUCUCAUGGAAUAUGCUGUCGCCACACUUGUCCUCAUCAACAUGUUGGUGGAUGCUCCCGACCGGGACCUACAAUUACGAUGCCAUAUCAGGGCCCAAUUCAUUGCCUGUGGUAUCAAGCGGAUACUGGUGAAGAUGGAGUCUUUUCAAUACGACGUAAUUGACAAACAGAUUGCGAAGUUCCGCGAAAACGAGGCGAUCGACUACGAGGAUCUGCUACAACGCGAGGGAAGCAGCAUGGUCGAGAGCAUUGAAGGAGAGGUCAAGGACAUGACGGAUCCGAUGCAAAUCACAGACGCCAUCAUGUCGAAAGUUCACGGCACAAGAACCCAAGACUACUUCAUCUCGGCUAUGCAGCAUAUGUUGUUACUUAGAGAGAACAACGCCGACGAACGGCUGAGAAUGUUUCAGCUCGUGGAUUCCAUGCUCAGCUAUGUGGCCAUGGACCGGCGGUUACCGGACAUGGAUCUCAAGCAGAGCUUGAACUUUACCGUUCAGAGCUUGCUGGAUCGACUGCAUACUGAUGAUGAGGCCCGAAUCGCUUUUGACGAAGCCACCGAGUCGAGACAGAUUGCCGAAGCUGCCCUUGCUGAAAGAGAUGAAAUGGCAGCGCAGAUUGCCAUGGGAGCCAAUGGCUUGGUGAAGAAACUGCAGAAACAGAUUGAAGAGCAAGCCGGCAUCAUCGAAAUGCAGUCUAGGCAGGCAGAGUCCUUGAAAUCAGAGGUUGCCGAGCUCCAACGAAUAAGGGCCCAGGAACUGCAACGCAAUGAGUUGGAGACGCGCGAGCUGUAUCUCAUGCUUCGGGAUGCCCAAGAUGUUGCAGCUUCUCGGGCUGCCAAAGAGGGUUCUGCACCUCAAGAUCCCGCUCAAUUGGCAGGCAUUUUGGAUCGUGAGAAGUUGAUGGAGCGGCUGGAGCGCAACCUGGAGCGCACCAAAACCCAAUUCAAAUUGGAAGGCAAAGUCUGGGGCCAGACGGGACCUUCCGAUCGACUCAGAGAGCUUCGCGAAAAGAUGGACGAUGUCGUUGAUGCCGAUUUCCAGGAGCAGACACGACGGCACCUUACCAAUAGUGUUAUGGGAAGUGUCCACCGUAGCAAUGCUCACAAAGGGCCUCGGAGAGCCGCAUUGGAGGCUCUUGCGAUCAGCGAAGAAGCGGAGCAGGACUCGGAUUUCGAGGAAGAUGUCAUCUUUGAGAAGCCCCGACUUGUCGAGUACAAGAGGCCGAAGAUCAGUGCAGAGCAACAAAAUCAACAAAGCAACCUCCUGGACGAGCUUGCUUCGAAGGUCAAGAAGAUCGACGACGAAAGUGACGAGGGGGCAGGGGAAGGAGAUGACGCUGGUGUCACGACUGGACCAACCCACCCGAGCCUGGAGUCCCAGUCUCCUAGGACUCCUCUUGACGAGGGACAAGCGGAGGAGUCCAAGUUCAACGGGCCUCCGCCUCCGCCACCUCCUCCUCCACCUCCUCCAUCAGAUCCGGCGUCUACGGCUUUGAUCCCCGGGUUUGAAGCAGGUGCACCUCCGCCGCCGCCACCCGCCACCUCCUCCGCCUCUCCCAGGCAUGCCAAUCUCCCCUGCUACUCCGUCCAUGCCAGGCUUUACCGGUGGUCCCGCCUCCCCCUCCACCGCCUCCUCCUGGUUCCCUACCUAUGA